CUGCCUGCGCCUACAUGCCUGUCUCUGCUCCACCACAGACUCUGGAUCGAACUCUGUUUGUAUGCGUCUCGCGGCUGCCCUGGCGCACGCCCUGGCCUGGCCCUGGCCCCAGCGCUGCCCGUGCCAUGGAAGCCUUUCUCUGUAAUGACGUUGUCGCAGCGUAUAAAAAGACGGCCUCCUGCUGUGCUCCCUCUGCUUCCCCCUCUCUCUUCUUUCUCCUUCACCCCUCCCGCUCCUCUGCUCCGCUCCUCUGCUCUGCUCUCUGCUCUCCUCCUCUGUUCUCAUGGCUCGCUAUCCCCUCAUCCCCGGCAUCCCCUUUGUCGCCUCUGGCGGUCUUAUUGGUCUCACGCGUGCGUCUGCCUUUGUGACGAUGCCGCGAGGACCUGUCCAGUUCCACAAGACCACAGUGUCUCGCCCUCCUCCUCCUCUUCCUCGUCCAGCUUCUCUCCUCCCUGCCAUCCCCGGCGCUCCUCGUCGAGUUGCCUUUCGAGAUGCCUGCGUCUCUGCCAUCCCCUUCCCUGCCCUCGUCCGUCCUGCCCCCUGUCCCCCCUCUCCCCCUGCGUCUCCCCUCCGCUACACUGUCUGGUGCUCGCCCUCGGUCUCCAAGACUGGUGUUCGUCGCGCCUUCAUUAACCGUCGGCUUCCCCCCUUUUCCCCUCCCCCAUCCCGUAUUCCCCUUCCCCUUCCCCGUCCCCAGCGUCUCCUGCCUGCUGCCCCGCGCAAGUACGGAUUUGUUGCUUCCCCUAUCCCCUCCUUUGACGCAGCGCUCGCUGAGCCCGCGCUGCCUUCCCCAUGCAAGCGUUCCGUUCCCCCGACACGAGCAGUAGGCAUACCUGCUACCUGUAGGAAAGUCCACUUUGCUCAAGACGCGUCCCCUGCCACCUUGGCGCGUGGUGAUGACGCUCGCCGUAGUGCCAGCUCCCUUCGAAGCAUCCUUGUACGGUCCCGGCCAGACAAGGUCAGAGCGAAGAAGAGUGUUAGGUUCGGUGAUGCCGUCUCCCACGAUGUCGACUACUGGAUCGACCGCAAAAAGCACGUCUUCAAUGACGGCGGCUUGUGGAUGAUGGGUAGGCUACAAGGCUGGCGGGUUACCCCCCUGGACACCCCCGAUGCUGACGGAGAGACCGAGAAGUACAUGACCAUGUGGGGACAUGAUCAUAGCUCUUUGCAUUACCAUACAAAGAUGCCGCCCUGCAAGCAUGGCUGCUCCUGGGGGAGCAUUGUGAAGCUUGCAAGUGCCUACCAUCUGAGUGGAGUUUACUUGUGGAAUGAUCACGACGUGCUACUACGCGCCUGGAGCGAGACCCGUGAGUGGAAACGCGAACGUGGUUGGUGGUGUCUCUGAUCCGCUUCUGUACUUGUAUCUUCUUUCGAUGGGUUUGAGAUCCUCACCGCUGGUUUUCUCGUCUCUAUUGAAGUUCCCUUCCUCCUUCCCCGUUCUUUGCUUCUGCUUUUGCUUCUGCUUCUGCUUCUGCUUUUGCUUCUGCUUCUGCUUCUGCUUCUGCUUCUGCUU